CGGUUACACUAACUUCCCACCUGCUAAAUCAGAAUUCCAUAAACCAGCCCCAACAGACGGUUUGGAUUGUCAGGUAUCACUUGGUUUUCAAGUUGCUUUAAGCAUAACAUUGGAAUUUAUUCUAACCGGUACGUUGGCAUUAAAUCCCUAUAUAGCUUAUGAUAUUACAAUUGCGCAAAAUGCAAAAAAUAAUUCCGUUUAUGAUACCACUGGAGUUCUGUCAAUUAAUUUUGAUAUUUAUGUACAAGGAACACUAGGAAUUGUUAUAAAAGGAAAAUAUUCAAAAAUCUGGCUCUCUUCACGCUAUGUUGGCAAGGAUCAACCAAAUCCGCAAAUAGCAUCAACAUUGAAACCUGUGGAUGGUUCACGUGCAACUGCUGGCGGUAUUGCAAAUCUUGAUCAAACAACAACAACACCAGGGCCUAAGAAGAGGAGACUUGAAAACACCGAAACGGACAAGGGGUGUUUGUUGACAGGAAGUCGGUUGUGGACAAUCUCUUAUUCAAAAGGCAUCGAUCAACAAUCAUUAUCUUUUACUUUGUCGGCAUUUCUGGGCGGUGUUGCUGAACAAGAAGAUGACGCCAAAGUUGUUGUUCUUUUUCUGAAUAAUGAUUAUCAUACAAUACAGACAGAACAAAUUGGACCGGUUUCUGCUAAGGAUAGACAAGAUAAAACAUCUUUACUGAAUCAGACAAAGACUGGCGUAAUUAAAUCAUCAACACGCUAUAUUAAUGUAUAUUUGAUACUGACACGGAAAUCAGAUGUGACGAAAUAUGGAACAAACAAUGAUGGAAAUGCUGAUGAUAUUGUGUUUAUGAUUACGCAAAAUGGUGAGUAA